UGUUCAUGUGAAGCAGAUAAGUUCUUCCAAUUCAUGUGGCCGUUGUGGACUUGACUAAAGCUGAUGUUUUUGGCUCAUCAAAUGCUUCUGCAAUUUCCCUCACUUCAGAAGCCACCACCUUUGAUCACCACCUCCUUUCUUCUCAAGCGUACAACCAUCACCUCUUCGUUGCAAUUCGAUGACAAUGGCAAGAACACGAAGAAAAGAAGAGCAAACUCAUCUCUGAGUGCUAUGGAGAAAGAAUCCCAUUUUGAAUUGGACCCGGAUAAGGCCAGGGAAGCACUUGCAGAGCUCGAUCAACAGCUUCAAUCACUCUCUCAGAAGCAAGUCACUCCUUCCAAGGAUAGAGUCUCUUCUUCCAACCUGGUUCCAGAGCCCAAUGAUGCGAGAGAUCUAUUUAGGGAAGAAAUGCCUGAGCUUUCUGGGUCAUUCCUUGCGUAUUCAGCAUUUGCUCUCUUCAUGUUCACCAUAUUUUACAAUAUUAUUUUCAUUACGGUUAUAAAACCAUCUGUAGAUGGCGGAGGAUAAUCAGCUUCAGUUGAAACUACAAAUCCAGCCAGGUUGCAGCCACAGGCACUACCAGCACUUCCACCACCACCACCACCAGCAAACAGCCAAGGCUGACAUAGUAUAUGUUUGUAUUGAAUUUGAAGCUAUAAACACUUCUCAGAAGUAACCCAUUUAAGGCAUGUUCACUGUAUUCUUGUAACAAUACACAUAUUGGAAGAGAGCAAAAUUUUCAACUAA